GCCAUUUCAGAACCUGCAUGCUCCGUGCGCGCCCACUCUCUCUCGCUAAUGAUCCUCCUCUCCGUUCUUUUCGUUUUAUUUUUGUUCGGUUGUUUAGCACUGUACUGCAGUACAACGUGCUUCUGGAGUAGUAUCCUCACCAUCUCAGCUGGUCAGGAAGUUGCGACUCCCUUAAGAAGAUGGUGGAAGGGGGGAACUGACUCGUCUGCGACUGGUUAGUGCGAGAGUCACCGACGCCGUCAAAACUAAUUACGGGUAGGCUGUUCCUCGGGCAGAGCGGAACAGACGCGGUAAGGCCAAGAGAGAGGAAUCCUUCAUCAAACGGAAGAGGACGCAACACAGCAACACGCAGCGGUACUACACUGCCUGGCGCAAACAUGCCAGGGAAAAACCGGACAAACCCCGACUUUAAGGCGAUUGUAAACAGAGGACAACACGCCUCCUGGAGCCCUCUAUUGUAAUUGAAUUAGAGGAACCGAAUAUGGAUAUGUUUGUUUCCCCUCGUGGGAUUUCUAGUCAGAAGGGAACGGACGCGACGGGAAGGCAGGGCGAAUAAUUAUUCUGCACGCCCAACUCCACGAGUUUACAGCCUGCGCUGCCUAACUAAGGGGAUUAUGGCCUUGGGAAAACUUUCGUUUCUGUGGAUACAUAAGGGAACAUAUUGCUGACGUUUUGCGUCAUUUUGGACAUUCUGAAUUCAACACCUUCAGGUCGACUUGGAUUCGAUUCGUUUAUCUUGGAUAUUCAUAUAAUCAAAUGACCAGGACUCUUUUUGGUCAAAAUUCGCCGGUUAAAAACAUGUCAGUUAUGUUAUACUUGCAAGGACAUAUUUUGCACAAGUAUUGAUUUCGUGUUGUAUUAUCCGUGUGGUAUCACCCCACUACUUUUGUGGCAAGUCUCUCUUGCAGCCUUAAGUGCGAAAGUGCCACUUAAUUGCCGGAGGGAGGAAAGUAGAUUUCAGUUGCAAAUACGCGUCAACUUGUUUUUAAAAACGCACCUCGACAUCUGGUGAAUAGUCUUCCUCUUUGCCAUCUGAAACCACAGGGAAAGCAUCGGCGGGUAUCCGGAAUGGGAGUUCAGGAAAGGACGGGGCUCGUCUGUGGGAAUGGGCCCGCUUCUUGAACUAGGCUGUAGUGGCUAACGGGCUCUGGUGAAUUGCGUGGCCAGAAAAGACAGCCAUAAUGCCUUACUGUUGCUUUUAUUCUUAAGUCAGGGUAUUUUGACCAUAUCGGAGCUUUCCCCACCCGCAUGUUCUCUCUUAGAGAGUGGAAAUAAGGAAUCGUGGGGCAUUACUAUUAUCCUUCACUAUCAGUGUGGAUUGCCAGUAUGAAUCGAAUGCUAUUUUAAGGAAACUGUUGCUUGUACCCUACGUGAGUAUUUGCUCUCUUUAGUCUAUAAAGAACUUCGUCGAGAUUUUCGAUUUCCGUCUAGACUCUUUACAAGUAGCAGAGACCACAAUCUGUACGAAAUAAGAAUUCGAAAGCUUGUGUCUGGAAAAUAAGAACUGUGGAUACAUUGUAUCUUCGGGUGAAUGUAAUGAUGAAUGGAAGAUAAAUUUGUCUGUGGUUACUGACCAAUACAGGAGAGCGUUUUUCAGGGACAGAGAAAGGCUGUGAAGCGCACGGGCGUCAAAACACUUUCAGCAAAAUCAGCACAGAUGAUUCACAUUAUAUGGAUUACUUGAUAUGAGAAGUCAUUUGUCAUAUUUGAUGAUUGGAUGUCAAAUAGGAUGCUAUGCUCCCGAGAGGAAGAGGGGGCAAAUGAAAUGACCAAAGCCGGAGGAUUGCUGCCAACCGACGAGCUAACAUUGGACUGUUCAAGGGCUCCAGAACAGUAGAACAUAAUGGUGGAAUCCAAAUACCGACGUAGUAUGAGGUCGGAUAAUGAACUCCUCAAGAGUCUGAUAUGUUCCGUUUCAAGUACGAGUAUAAUGUGUGCGUAAAUAGACGUAAUUUCUGCAGACGCGCUGGAUUGAAAUAGAGGGAUUAUUUGGCAUUCGUGUCAGUUAUCAUUCGGUAUAUCCUCUCUUUCGUCACGCACAUUAAUAGCUAUGUGAGACCGGUUAAUAAUAUCUGUUCACCAAAUCACCACCAACUGUCAUUGUUAAGAUUUUCCCUCACUUUACGACAAGCAACAUGGCCUCUCCGCAGCACCAGCAGCUGCUCCGGCACAACACCGAGGUGAGCUGCGAGUCCAGCGGUGACGGCAGUGUGGCGGUGCGCAUUAGCAGUAACAGCCCGCUCAAACAGCAGCAGCAGCAGCAUGGCCUCGACACGUCGAUUAAGCAAGGGUCUGUCCGCGCUGUCAAAACCGGAGGCUCAAAACCGUGCAAGGCUAGUAUCUCCUCCAGCGACAGCUCAGGUGAAUCCGGCAAGACGAGGACUAUAAUGACAAGUCUUCGCAGCCACAGGAAAGUCCCUCAGCUGUUUGAGCGGUCGGCGGCACAGUGCUGGGAUCCUAAAUUUGACUCGGCCAUCUUGGAGGAGGCGUGCCGGGAGCGGUGUUUCCCGCAGACCCAGCGCCGGUUCCGCUACGUGCUCUUCUACCUGGCCACCGCCGCUGUUCUGUGGUGCGUCUAUUUCGCCGUCAACGCUGCCCGCUGCAACCCUGCCUCCUUCGUGGUCCCCGCUGCCUCUUUUCUGCUCUUCUGCCUCCUUCUAUUUCUGUUCACAUUCACCAGACCUUACACACUCCUCUACAACCAGGCCUCUCUGCUUCUCAUCACUGUGACCUUUGCCAUCACACUGGCUCUACAGCUGCAAACCUCACACUUUGCCAGCCUCCAGAGGCUGACAAGGAGGAACCUAACUGGAGGGGACUCCCCAACAUUUGGGCCAGAGGCCUCCUCCUUGCCGGCUACUCCCUGCAUAUCUCCCGUGGGCACCUUCUCCGUAGGCAUGGAGGUGCUCCUGCUGCUCUAUAGCGUUCUCCACCUGCGUCUGUACGCGUCCGUUCUGCUGGGCCUCCUCUACUCCGUCCUUUUCGAGGCUCUGGGCUGGCUGCAUCUGGUGCCGGUGGGUGGGGGCGAGCUGGAGGAGGUCGGACUUCUGCGGUUGGAGGCCAUGGAGAACCUGUGGUGGCUGGCGCCGGCCAAAGUCCUGCUGCACCUGUGCGCCCACCUGAUCGGCAUCCACCUGUUCAUCAUGUCGGAGGUCCGCUCACGCAGCACCUUCCUGAAGGUGGGCCAGGCCAUCAUGCACGGCAAGGACCUGGAGGUGGAGAAGGCCCUGAAGGAGCGCAUGAUCCACUCGGUGAUGCCGCGGCGCGUGGCCGACGAGCUCAUGAAGCAGGGCGACGAGGAGAGCGAGAGCUCCGGCAAGCGCUACUCGUCCGGCAACGCCGGCGCCACCACCGGUGCCGGCGGCGGGUCGUCGUCGGCGUCGGGCGCCGCCUCCUCCUCCAGCCCCAAGAGCCACAAGCGCAAGAAGGCGUCCAUCCCGCGCUCCCAGUUCAUCUUCCGGCCGUUCAACAUGAAGCGAAUGGAGCCCGUCAGCAUCCUCUUUGCCGACAUCGUGGGCUUCACCAAAAUGAGCGCCAACAAGACGGCGCCGGCGCUCGUGGGCCUGCUCAACGACCUGUUCGGCCGCUUCGACCGCCUGUGCGAGCUGACGUGCUGCGAGAAGAUCAGCACGCUGGGCGACUGCUACUACUGCGUGGCCGGCUGCCCCGAGCCGCGGUCGGACCACGCGUACUGCUGCGUGGAGAUGGGGCUGGGCAUGAUCCAGGCCAUCGAGCAGUUCUGCCACGAGACCAAGGAGACGGUGAACAUGCGCGUGGGCGUCCACACGGGCACCGUGCUCUGCGGCAUCCUGGGGAUGGAGCGCUUCAAGUUCGACGUCUGGUCCAACGACGUCAACCUGGCCAACCUCAUGGAGCAGCUGGGCGUGGCCGGGAAGGUGCACCUGUCCGAGGCCACGGCCGGUUUCCUCGACGACCGCUAUGAGCAGGAGGAUGGGAGGGUGAUGGAGCGCAUGGGCCAGAACUUUGUGGCAGAGCAGCUGAAAGGGAUGAAGAGCUACCUGAUCUCAGGGAGGAAGGUGGACCCGUCUCAGGCCCUGUUAAGCCCCCCGCCAAGGGCUCACACCCCUGACCCCACCGCCACCGUCACCGCUGCGGCUGUCGCCGAACCGCGCUCCCAUUCACCCACGGGGCAGCAGACAGGGGCAGAGGGAACCACACAGAAUGGCGGCAAGGAGGAGCACAGGCCCACCCCCAAGUUCCCUGCAGGCCGCAGCCCAAAGGCUCUAAACGGCCUGCUGAGCUCCCUGAGCCCCCUGACGGAGGAGGUGGUGACGGCCAGCCAGACCUCCCUGUGCGAGAUGCUGCAGGAGAAGGACAAGAAGUUGGGCUCGGUGACUGGAGGGGGCGUGGGCGAUGGAGGAGGAGGAGGAGGCGGCGGGGGUGGGGACGGUGGCAAAGGGGGGGGAGGCGGAGGUGGAGGGGGAGGAGGGAGAUUCAUGGGGGGCAUGGACCACUCGGCACUUAUCCCGCUGCGCUCCAAGAACUUCCGGGAGAGGAGCGACGUGCACUUUGUGGACGUCAUCAAGGAAGACAGUUUGAUGAAAGACUACUUUUUCAAGCCCCCCAUCAACAAAGUCAGCCUUAAUUUCCUGGAGUCCUCCCUGGAGUCAACCUAUAGGAGCAGCUACCAGAAAGAGGUGGAGACCCACGCUCCGGUCCUGACCUUUGCCAGCCCAACCUUCAGCUCCUUCCUGGACGUGCUGCUCUCCUGUGCCGUCUUCCUGGCGCUCACACUCGCCUGCUUCCUGUACCCGCUGGUUACCGCCCAAACACCACCGGCCACCACACUUGGCAUUGCCACUAGCGCCGCCCUGCUGGAGAUCAUCUCCCUGGUUCUGUCCAUCCGGAUGACGUUCUACCUGGACAACGUGCUGAGCUGCACGCAGCGGCUCCUGCGCGUGGUGUCGGGCUGGAUCCCGCGGCACAUCAUCGGGGCGCUGCUCGUCUCGCUCCCUGCCAUGUCGGUCUUCUCCCACCUCACCUUCUGCUUCCACCUGCCCAUCGAGGUCAUCAUGUUAUUGUGUUGCGCCAUCAUUAUCGCCAUCAUCCAGUACUGCAACUUUUGCCAGCUCAGUUUCUGGAUGCGGUCUGCCCUGGCAACGUCGGCAGGGGUGGCCCUGCUGGCUCUGCUCUACAGCCCCCUCAGCAGGCCAAGUGCUAACGACAUCUAUCUUGAUAUGAGAAACUUCAGCAGCAACAUCAGUGAUUUGGACCUCCAGCCUUCCCCAACCCCUAUCAGUGGUGUUGGCACCCAGGGGAACACCCUUAGAGUACUGGUCCCCGAGGUGGUCCUGGCCUUCUUCCUGCUCCUGCUGCUGGUGUGGUUCUUGAACCGGGAGUUUGAGGUGAGCUACCGUCUCCACUACCACGGGAAUGUGGAGGCAGACAAGCACCGCGUCAAGAUCCAGAACAUGCGUAACCAGGCCGACCUGUUGCUACGCAACAUCAUCCCCAUUCAUGUGGCUGAGCAGCUGAAGGUCACCCAGAGUUACUCCAAGAAUCAUGACAAUGUUGGCGUCAUCUUUGGCAGCAUUGUCAACUUCAGCGAGUUCUAUGAGGAAAGUUACGAGGGUGGCAAAGAGUGCUACCGUGUGCUGAACGAGCUGAUAGGUGACUUUGACGAACUCCUGCGUAGGCCAGUUUUUGCCAGUGUUGAGAAGAUCAAAACCAUCGGUGCCACCUACAUGGCUGCUUCAGGACUCAAUGGUCUGCCAUCUACCCAUGCCACUCCACACCACCUGCGGGCGCUGUUUGACUUUGCCUUGGAGAUGAUGCACGUGGUGGACGACUUCAACAAGAACAUGCUGGGCUUCAAAUUCAAACUGCGCAUCGGUUUCAACCACGGGCCACUCACUGCCGGAGUCAUCGGUACCACCAAACUGCUCUAUGACAUCUGGGGCGACACGGUGAACAUUGCCAGCCGCAUGGACACCACCGGCAUGGAGUACCGGGUUCAGGUGAGCGAGGAGAGCCACUGCGUGCUCAGGAGUCUGGGUUACUCCUUCGACUACCGUGGCACAGUCAAUGUUAAGGGCAAAGGGCAGAUGAGGACCUACCUCUAUCCAAAACUGGGGGAUGGAAGUGGCGGCAAUGGCAGAACACCUGGAGGAGGAGGAGGAGGAGGAGGAGGAGGAGAAGGAGGCGGUGGCGGUGGCGUCACGUCGCAUCACCAGUUGCCUGUCACAGAGAUCCAUGCAAAGGCUGAAGGAGAUGUGGGGCAGCCCACUGUGGAGGAGACUUCCCGUAAACUACCCAGUAUUGCUGCCCCAUCCUAUUCGGCCCCUUCCCCGAAGGUGUUGGCUGCUCAGGCCAACGCCCCACCCUGCUGCUCAUCGCCACCAUCAUCAUCAACCUCUGCCAUGCCGGGUGUCCUUGGAGUGCCUCUGGGACCCAUCUUAGGCCCAUCUGAUAUAGCUAGGGAGACAACCAAGGACAACAAAAACGUGCUUACAGCCCCUGAACUUACUGGGGUCGAUAUUAGCAGAGACCCAUGUGCUUCUCCAGUGCCUAGUAUUACCCUUGUUCCCUCGCAGCACUCAGUAGAACAACAUUUCCCUUCUUCAUGCCCAAAGGGGCCACAUAGACAGAGGGAUGAAGAGGAGGAGGAGGAGGAGGCGGCAGGUGAACAAACAAAACUCAGAGCUGCGGAGUGCUUAUGACUGGUUCUCUAGCUCUUGCCAUGAUUGCUCUUCACCCCAUGCCUCCAGUGGAGUGACCUUAAGUUUUGGUUAAUGGAAGGGUUAGCAAUGCAUUGUGGGAAUUUUAGUUUUUUUUUCUCCCACUCCAACAGGCCUCUUGGGCAAAUCCAGAUAUAACAGACUCAUUUGUUCCACAGACAUGCCCAUUCCCUCUGUGCUAGACUUGUGUGGCCUUGCAUAGUUUUAUAUCUUGCUUACAUUUUGACAAGUGUCAGAGGCAUAAUAAGGGAAUGUGUGUGUGUGUGUGUGUGUGUGUGUGUGUGUGUGUGUGUGUGUGUGUGAAUGAUUGAGUGCAUUUGUGUAUUUUUGAGCUGAAGAACUGAUGGUAUUUGCUGUGUGGAUCACAGUUAGGCACAACACAUUGGGAAGGGGAGAAGAAAGUCAUGGCUCCAUUUUUUAAAUAGAUGUUGUUGUUGUGUUUCUCUUCUUUUCUUGAGUUGAUCAAGUGCCUUCAGGAUAGAUCAAUCAGCGAACAAUGUCACACAAAAAUCAAAGACCUGAACAAAAUGAAAUCAGUUGAAUCAACAAUCCUUGCAUGGCUUUUUUCAAAAAAAAAAAAAAAAAAAAAAACUUAGAUGACUGAUAAUGCUGUGGUUGAUGCAACUUUUGUUUUCCUUUUGAUUUGUUCUUAUAUUGUUUUUCUUCUUUGCCACAUAUGUUUUUUUUGUUUUGAAUUUUUGAGUAUUUGUCAUUCAGUGACUUUUAAAAAAAAGAAAUCAGUGAAUGAAACGUGCCAGUCAAGGAAAAAAUGUUAGAAAAAGGGAAUUUAUUUGUAGAUUGAGGGAAUCUGCCAGCCAUUAUGAAACACUGAAGCAGAGGUUGAUAUGAAGCAUGCCACACGUGGAAGACACUCAGUCAGGAGAAUCACACCUGUUUUCCAUAACAAAAUAAUGAACAAAGAUAUCUCCAGAAAACAAAGCAACGCAAACAAAAAUAUACCCUUCUCCAUUUAUGAUGAUGUGUGUGAGUAAAGAUUUUAAAGGCAAUAUAUGCAUUUGAAUGAAGAAAAUAGCCAUACUUGUAGGCAAAAAAAAAAUCGUAUGAUGGCCUAAGAAACUAGUUUCCAUGACGAGGCUGAUAUAGAGAGGCUCCUGGCUGGUUGAUUAUAGGUUGUGAACUGUAACCAUGGCUACACUCACCUUCACUUACAUCUCAACAUGGGGCUCGUUGGAGACCCCCUGUCACAAACCUUUAGGGACGGUGGGAUAUGCGUUAGCCACACUGGGUCUGGUGUAGUUCCACUCCUUACCUCUCGCACUCGAGACUUCAAAAGCACAAAGGCAGAUUUUCUUUUUAAGGGGAAUUGAAAUUUGGAAAGUAGAAUUAAAUUCCCUUUCUAAAUGUCACAGUUCUGUAAGAGGAAUCCUCCGAUAUCUCUGCCAUUGGACGUAAGAUAGGCUAACAGGUUGACAACAUCAUAAUUUUUUUGCAACAAAACUGAACAUAACUUCCAACAAGUGAUGGUUGUCUUUUUUUUUGUAUUGUGGUAUCAAAACCACAGACAAUCAAUUUGUAUUGAACUCAAGCAUAUCUCCAACUGCGGUGGAAAAACAGGGUGUAAGUAGAAAAAUGACUAAGAUGAACUUGCUCUGCUCCAGUUGACAUUAAUGGAAGACACUUAAGGCUGAACUGAUUCAUGGACUGAUAAUGAAAUGUGUCUCCAUAUAGAGUGUAUAUGAAAUUUGAUUCUGUAUUACGGUAUGUGUGAGGGCUGACUUCUGCUAAACCGCAUAAGCAACAGUGUUUUCCAAAGGAUUAGGGUUAACUGUCUGAGAAUUAGCCCAGUGGACGCGACUGCAUGCAAUAUUUAGCUAUGAUAUCUAUAUUUGGGGGGUCGAGAAGGAGGGACACCCCAGCUGUAUUCCUAAACUGAAAUGUGCCACUUUAAGUGAGAAUUAAAACAUGGGGUGCAAUGUUUUUGUUUGUUUGUUUGUUUGUUUGUUUUAGUUUUCCCCCAAAAUGUGUGUUUAAUGAAAAUUAGUUUCUGGUGCCUAAAAUGUUUUGUUUUUGGGGGGAGGGGGUGGGGGGUGACUUAAAGAAAAAGAAAAAAAAAAUGGUGAUCAUGGUGAUUUAUGAAGCUGAUUAUUGUGGGUUUUAGAAAAUGGUGUCCUGAUGUCUCAAACACACCCUUUGUCUUUAGUGCCUCCCGCUCUCUGACCACCACUGCAAUAACUUGCUCCGCUCUGCUCCAUGUCCACUAUGUUACUCAUAUGUGGACAAUGCUCACUUAUCACCAAAUGAUACGCUUCACCCUCAGUGUUAUUGUCUCUCAGCACCCCCCUCAGUGUUAUUGUCUCUAUGCCCCCCCCCCAAACAAUAUGCACACCUGACCUUUAGCAGCUGUAUGACAUCUGAUUAUUCCCUCGCAUCAGAGAACCUGGGUACAAUUCCCAGUAGUCUCCAAGAAAUCAAUCCAGAGUCUUUGUGGAUUGAGGCCUCCUGACAAUAAGAUUGGGAUUAAGUCAUGGUGGUUAUUGUAGUGGUUGUGCCAAUGCCAAUAAUUGAGCCUUCAAUAAGUGUUGUUUUGAAUUUGCCUUUUUUUCCUUUUUCUUAUCCUUUCAAAAGAAGGUUGAAAUCGUUUUAUUUUGUUUACAGAUGAUUAACAACAUGAGCACCUAACCAAGCCAGUGCCUUUUUUUUGUUGCCUCUUCAUCUAUCAGAUAGUUAUUCAUAUUUUGAUAUCAGUUAUUGAGUUGCUUUGAAUAUCAUCAAAAUGCAUGUACGUACACUUUAUUUGUUCUUGCAAUAAUUUGUAAUUUGUUAAUUAAUAACUUUUUUUCCCAUGUAUAUUCUUUCCCACUUUUGGAAAUCGAAAAAAUCUGAGCACUGUGUAUCUUUAUAUGGAAAAUAUUGGGAUAAAGAGAAAACAUUUAUUUUUCAUCUUUUAUUUUGCCUAAGAUAUGACUGGUUUGGCUGUGCAGUAUCCAUCAGUCUUGGUGCAACCAUAUCUAGAUGGACAGAACAAAGCGACUUGCUCCUGUGUGCACAUCAAUACUUAACAUGUCACUCCAAUAGCAACAAAUCACAACCUGCGAUCAUAGUAUUUAACACCAAUUACCUUUCCGUUUGUGUAAUGGCCUUUUUUGUAGUGAAUGACAACGUGUAUUUAUUUGUGACUUGGUGUGGAGGGGUACAUGUAUAAUGCUAAAGCCUGUUUUUUUUUUUUUCCAAGGAUAUAUUUCUGAAAAGGGAAUUGCAGGAAUGGCAAUGCAAGGAUGUUAUACUGUGGGGUUAUGGGCAAGGAUGUUAUACUGUGGGGUUAUGGGCAAGCCACCCUGAUCACACGCCUGCAGCUGCCUCGAUCCAGAAAUAAAAAGGGAAAUUCAGUCCAA